ACCUGUUUCCCGUCGUCGUUCCACCUGACCGUUCCCAUUGUCUGCAGUUCCGAUCGAAUCGCUUUUUGUUUUUUCUAUCGUUGGGUCCUUCGAAUAUCUUCAGGAAGUCCGAUCGCCUACAAGCCAUUUCCCCCGCAACUACGCAGUUUAUCUCAGUCGGGCCACACGUUGGCCCAACCGAUUCCAAAAAUAUCUGUGGAUGUGAGUGUUGGCGUGAUGUGGCCCCAGGAAGCUGGCAGCGGAGACGAAGAUCGUGUUUGCUGGACUCGUUCGCGAUGCCGCAGCAUCGGUUAUCCCCGCUUACACUGCUCUUCGAAUUAUUUUCCGUCAUUUCAAAGACUAUCAUUUUUUCAUCUUGGAGAACGACUCCGUGGACCAAACGAAGCAUUGGCUACGAGUAACUAACAAGAGAGACCCCAAGUUCGAGUACAAAUCUGAGAACCCAAUGCUGCGCAACGAUAGGGGCACUGAGCCAGCCCGUUUUCAACGCAUGGCUACGUUGCGGAACAGGUUGCUCGAUUGGAUCGGAGAAUUUGUGCACCAGAGUUCUGGUUGGGACUUGAUCGUCAUGAUCGACUUCGAUAUUUUUAUCGAUAUAUGGGCCGUUCGCUAUCUCGUCACAGUCGUUCUUCUCACUACUGGGCCGCCGAGAGACUACGAGGCACGAGUGGGACAUGGUGUGCGCCAACAGCAUCUACAAGACGGAGAACGAAGACGUGCCGUACGGCAUGUUCGAUUGCUUCGCUUUCCGAACAAAGAAGAACGACACGUUCAAUGCAGGGGAGUGCCCCAUGGAUAAAGAGCAGGGCAUGAAGCUGUGGGCCAGCUACGACUUGGUCCCGGUGCACUCGUGCUUCGGAGGGCUGGCCCUCUACAGGCCAGAGGCGCUGUUCCGGUGCCGCUAUGACCCAGCAGCGUACGACUGCGAGCACGUGCCGCUCCAUCAGUGCAUGCGCAAGCACGGAAGCGAGAACCGGAUGUUCAUGGACACGCUGUUGACGACCGCUUACGUCGUCAAAGGGCAUGAAAGCAGCUACGACGAUUCUCUCCAUCAAAGGUGUGUUGCGGGCGGUUGAACUGCGAGUAGAAAAGGCCCACCCCAUGCCAAAAGGUGGCCAGCGCAUGCGAAGAUCGGAUGAGCAGGGACUUGGCAGCAUAAGCAUGCAUCGGCAGAGGAGC